GAUGUGCAACAGAGGGCCCUACAGAAAUUCCUUGGUUCUCACUUCAAAGCUGCUUUUUUCCGGUCCACAAUGAAAACUAUGAGACUGCUCAUCAUUACACUGCAGCUUUGCCUGAUUUUACAGGUUAAAGCCCAAAUACCAGAUGCAUGCAUCACUAGCCCAACAAACAGACCCCCAGAAAAUGCAGACAUUAAUGUAACUUGUGGGACCCAGUACAUGGACCUGAGUAUUUUCCUCUGUCCAAUGUACCAAGCUCUUUACAACGAGUCCCUGAUGGUUGUAAAUAAUCAGCUCAGUAACAAACUGUGCUUUGGGAAGGCUGACUGGACUGUGUCACCACCUGUUUUAAGAUUCCGAUUCCCCAUCAAUGACACCGACGCCUCAGCCUGCGCAAAUGCGUACAAGAUUACAGAUCAGACUGGAAGUGGAAUAUUUGCAGACUAUUCAAAAGUUCAGUAUGUGAACAUCUCUGGCAUGGUGAAUUCCAUAGACCCCUCUGCAGGUGCGAUCACCUAUCGUCCACAGAUUCUGUACAAGUUUUCGUGCAACUACCCUAUGCAGUACCUUCUCAACAACACCCAAAUCGGAGUAUCAGGUGUGAACAUUGCCAUACGGGACAACAAUGGCAGCUUUAUCAGCACACUGAGCAUGCAGCUUUAUCAGGAUCCAGCCUACACACAGAUUCUGACCGUUCCACCAACCGGACUCAACCUCAAGACCAAGAUUUAUGUUAAUGUCAAAGCCACCAAUCUCACAGACAGGUUUAACUUGCUGCUGGACAGGUGUUACGCCACAACCAGCCCCUAUCCUAUGCUGAGCACCUAUUAUGACCUGUUUGUGGGAUGUACCCGUGACGCGCAGACAAAGAUAGAACUUAACGGGGUUUCACAGACGGCACGCUUCUCAUUUGAGGCCUUCAGAUUUGUGGAGCACAAGAACCUGACAGUUUCUACUUUCUACCUGCACUGUGCCACCAGACUGUGUGAGGCCUCCAACUGUGCCUCAUUAUUGCCAGCUUGUGGAACCACCCAAAUCAGGAGGAGGAGGGCAGCAGAGAUUGUGCCGACCAACACAACAAUCACCUCUCCUCCCAUAUUUGUUGGCAAACAGAGUGUUGGAGAGACUCAGGCGCUCCCUCUUUAUGGAGCAGCUGCUCCACCUGAGAUCAUCUGCAGCAGUCCGCUGUUGGGCUCAUUAUUGUCAUUACUGCUGUUUUCAUGGCUGCCCUAAACACUUCCUGUGGAGCAAAAGACAUCCGAUGGCUGAAAAGGGUGUGUUUAGCCGUUCACAUUAAUGACCUUGGCAUGCAAUAAUCAAUUUUAGUAAAUAAUCCUUUUGAUGUGAAGGGCUUGAUAUGUGUAAAAAAAACAUGUGGACUCAAGUUAGAAUUAAUUAUUGUGAUAUUUAAUAAGUGUUAGUAGUCUGCUGUGCUGGAAACGUUUUCAAUGAGCAUGAUGUGAAAACAUUUCAUUUGUCCUCAUAAAACCCUUUUCUUUUGAUUGUUUUGACCAAAGACACGAACAAAGAUGAACAAAGAAGAGGUGUAAAGGUGGUUGAUGUUUGAUAUAUGAAUUAUUGUUGUUGUUUUGUUUUUAGAUAUUAAAAGCAUGUGCUUCUUUGCUUUUUUAAUAAAGUUUUAAGUUACACUAAAACAUGUAA